UCUCGGAAACCCUCCGCGUCCACGGCGUGUCCGGUUCGCGUUCUCUGAGGUCAUGAGCGGUUCGAGCCGGCGCCGACCUGGGCUCCGCGCAGCCACAGCUCUGGUGCUGCCUUUAGCGCUGGGACUCGGCUUUGUGAAUUUUAGCACUCCCUCCACAUCUCCAGUGACAAGGAGGACAGAGAUUGAUGCAACACAGUACAUUCCCUUGAAGGUUGCCAGCUUUGCCAUGGGCGCUCUGCGGCCAUUCUUCCAGGUGCAGGCUUCCGUUCAAGCGGGCCGAUAUGACAAGUGGGAGGUGAGAAAAGAGAUCGAGGAGGAGAUCAAGUCGGCACCUGUGGUGAUCUACACCUACGACUGGUCACCCUUCUCCAGCGAGGCCAAGAAGGUUCUCGACGCCAUGGGGGCGGACUACAGAGAGGUGUCGCUGGGCGCCGAAUGGUUCCUGGCCUCCCCACAGCAGGCAGCGAAGCGCGCGGAGUUGGGAAACCUCUACGGGCGCACCAGCAUGCCUCAUGUCUUCAUUGGUGGUCGUAGCGUCGGAGGACUCAUGGAAGGGGAUCCAGGAUUGGUUCCCCUACAGGAGACGGGUGAGCUUUCUGACAGUCUGAAGCAGGCUGGAGCCCUUCCUGACGAUGGGCUCUUUGGCUUCUUCUUGUACUCAGGUGACCAUAGGCCCUGAGGAAGUUUUUGGACCAGCAGUUCUCACGGCUGGGCUUUGUGAAGAUAGCUGGCUUCAGGAAAGAUGGCUGGUCAAGUGGAUGUGUCUUGCCC